AUGGGAAGCAUGUCUCAAGUGGUCACUACAACAAAUCUGCCGAUGUAUUCAAUUCAAACGUUCCUCAAGAACUAUAUACUGGUGGCUGGUGGUGGCGGUUCUAGCAAAACUGGCAUAGCUAAUGGAUUUGAAGUAUUCAAGCUAAAUAGAGAUGGUAAAACUAUAUCAAUGACAAAAGUAAUUCGUUACGAUAGUGGUCCAAAUGUAAUUAUGAACUGUUGUACAAAUAUAAGUGGUAAUACAGUUUAUAUUGCAGCAAAUGAAAAUGAAAGAUGUCGACAAUAUAUGGCCGAUAUCAUAAUAGAACCAACAUUUCAUAAUGGUAAAGCAGGUAAAGAAAUUAAUUUUAAGAUAACAUCAGGAGAUUCAUUAUUAACUGACUUCAGUGAAGAAGAACCCUUACAAAGGAUUGUGAAAAUUAGCAAUGAUGGAAAUUUAAUGGUAACCGGGGGUACUGAUGGAUGCAUUCGUCUCUGGAACUUUCCAAUAAUUAAAUCAAAAGAUACUAGACCAUUAAAAGAAUACAAAUGUCAUACUAAAGAAAUUGAUGACAUAGAUAUAAGUUCUGAUGGCCAAUUUAUAGUAAGUGUUGCAAAAGAUGGAAAAGCUUAUCAUUGGAAUACUGUUACUAAUGUGCGUUCAACACUUAUUCAUCCAGAUCCAGAUAAUGAAAAACAAAUAUUCAAAAGAUGUAAAUUUGGUAUAAUUGGAAAUAAACCGAUUUAUAACAUAUAUACAAUUGCAAAUGGUCCUAAACAAAAAUCUUACUUACAAAGAUGGUCUGAAAACAAUAAAAUAAUUUACGAGUUAUUGUUUUCCGAGCCUACAUCAGCAUUGGCAGUACGUCAAGAUGGAUUAUAUAUUGCUGUGGGUACAAUGUACUCGGGAAGUGUUAGUAUACAUGAAGCAAGUAACUUAAAAAUGAUUUAUAAUGUUAAACAAGCUCAUGCUAUGUUUGUUACGGGGCUAGAAUUUUUAAAUAAAGAUUUAAUGCCAGAUAUGAAAGCAGCAGUAUUAUCAAUAUCAGUUGACAACCGUGUGUGUCUUCAUAACAUACCAUCUAUAAAAUUAGUUCCGUAUUGGAAAAUGCUCAUUAUAAUACAUUUCAUUCUACUACUAUUUUAUUUUAUUAUUUUUAUCUUGUAA